UGGGGAGGGAGGGUUGUUUUCCGGUUUCGGGGUGGGGGUUGGGGCAGCGAGAAGGGGAUAACGGAGGGGUUGGGCUGCGUAGGUGGAGGAAAGGGAGGGGGGAUUGGAGUCACCGGCGUCAGGCGACGCUUUGGGCGUCGGCAAGGGGGAGGGCGGCUGACGGGAGGGUGCUGGCAAUUGAAGGUGGUGGCUGGGUUUUUUUUUUCUUUUUUUUUUAACAUUUUAAUUUUUUAUUUUAAUAAACUUAACGGAACCCUAACAGAUUCCGUUAAGUGGUAGCAAUUUUUAACAAACUUGUUUUUGUAUGGUAGUAAAAUAAAAUUAAAAUUUUCUCCGGUAGUAAAAAUGAAAUACGUGUGUUUUGCUGGUAGCAAAAGUGAAAUUUUCCUUUAUUCUAAGAGGGUUUUAUGAUGUCUAAUUAUUUUAAUUAUUUUAAGUUGAAUGCUUUUGAUCGUGUAUUUUGUGGUUAAUUAUUCAAUCGAUGAUCUUAGAUCAAUUUUGUAUAACAACUCUACCUAUUCUUGAAUAAUAAUUAAGUCAUGCUAUUAACUUUGUACUUAACUUGUCACAAAGUUAACCAGAUUUAUAAUUAACCGAGUAAAAUAUUACUAAUCCCUAAAAUCAACCUAUCAGAUAAACACACUCUUAUUUUUUUUGGCGGUGAUACCUUUCCAUCAACAUCCACAACUUUAACGUUUAUUUUCCUUUUUUUCUCCUCAAAAAUAAAAAAAAUCCACUAUUAAUAUCUAUCUAGUACUCCACCAAAAACAGAAUAAAUAAACAAAAACAGAGCAAAUAAACCCCCAACCACCUCUCCCCUCUCAACACAACCUAAUAUACAUACAAAAAAAAAAAAAAAAAAAAAACACAAAUUAAAAAAAAAUAAAAAAAUAAAAACCCCUUUUAUUUUGUAUUUUUCUAUAUAUAUUGUCGUGUCCAAACUCAAAGCUUUCAACUUGGAAGAAUAAAUUCUAGUCAUCUUCAUCUUGUACUCUUCUUAUUUCCCCUUUCCUCAUUCUCAUGGAUAAUUCUAACAUUAAUCCUUCUAAAGGUGGAUGGAAAUCUGCCAUCUUCAUCAUCUUUGUGGAAAUGGCAGAGAGAUUUGCGUAUUAUGGAAUAGCAGGAAAUUUAAUCAUGUACUUAACAACAAUGAUGGAUAUACCCCUUGCAACUGCUGCUAAAAAUGUGAAUUCAUGGAAUGGUGUUUCGUCUCUUGCUCUCUUUAUUGGUGCUUUCUUUGCUGAUUCUUAUCUUGGUCGCUUUAAGACUACUCUCCUUUCCUCCUCCGUUUUUCUCAUGGGAUUGAUUUUGUUGACAAUCUCAACAACCACUAAAAUCCCACUAAACAUUCGUACGCCCUUGUUUUUCUCGGCUCUUUACAUAACGGCUUUGGGUGAAGGUGGUCACAAACCAUGUGUCCAAACCUUUGCUGCUGAUCAAUUUGACGAAAAUACCCCUGAGCAACGUAAAGCCAAGAGUUCAUUUUUUAACUGGUGGUACCUUGGAAUUGUUGUUGGUGCAACAAUUGCCGUGGUUGUAAUAGUUUAUGUGGAGGACAACGUUAGUUGGACCGUCGGGUUUUCCAUUCCUACUAUCGCCGUAGGGUUGGCUUUAGCGGUUUUUAUCUUUGGAUGUUCGACUUAUCGGAUGGAGCGGCCCGUGGGGAGUCCGUUUACUAGAGUGGCUCAGGUGGUUGUUGCCGCUACUAGAAAGAGGCACGUGGUUGAGACUAGCAAUGGUCGAGGGUUGUGCUACGAUGAUGACGUUGGUCGCGGAUUGGAUGCACGUAAAUUGGCUCGUACUAACCAAUUCAGAUGUCUCGACAAGGCAAUGACAAUCGACGAGAGAGAUUCAUUGAUCAAAUCCAGAAACCCAUGGAGGCUAUGCUCCGUUAAUCAAGUGGAAGAAGUGAAGCUCAUAGUUCGCUUAAUCCCAAUUUGGGUAUGCACCUUUGCAUACGCAAUUAUCGUUGCACAAGUCCAUACCUUCUUCAUCAAGCAAGCUAGCACCAUGCAACGAUCACUUGGCCCUAAGGUUUCAAUCCCACCCGCAUCUCUUCAAGUCAUCCCUGGGAUAACUAUCUUAAUAUCUGUUCCAAUCUAUGACAAACUCUUCGUUCCUUCUAUGAGAAAUAUCACUAAAAUCCCCUCAGGUAUAAGCUCACUCCAUAGGAUCGGCAUUGGCUUGGGACUUUCCAUCUUGACCAUAGCAAUAGCAGCUCUAGUAGAAAACAUGAGGGUUGGUGUAGCAAGUAAGCAUGGACUCAUCAACGAUCCAAAGGCUAUAGUUCCGAUGAGUGUGGGAUGGUUAGUCCCCCAGUUUGUAGUGAUGGGACUAAGUGAUAUGUUUGCAUAUGUUGGAAUGCAAGAGCUAUUCUAUGAUCAAAUGCCAGAAGACAUGCGAAGCAUGGGUUCAGCCUUAACAAAUGGUGCAAUAGGCGUUGGUGCUUUCAUGAGUAGCGCGAUUAUAGCUGCUGUACAACAGAUGAGCAAGAAGUGGGGGGAAGAAUGGUUGGUUAAUAAUCUUAAUCGCGCUCAUCUUGAUGAGUUUUACUGGGUUUUGGCUGGGUUUUGUGCUUUGGAUUUGGUUAUAUAUGUAUUGGCUGCUAAAUGGUUUGUGUGGAAGAAUACUGCUGAAGUGGAUCAAAUUGUGAUAUGUUAAUUAGAGAAUGCAUGCAUAUUGGUGUGACUAUAUAUAAUUAAUCUUGUAGCUCAAUAUGAGGGUUGUCUAAAUCAUAAUAUAUGUCUAAAUAUGUAGAAGGUUUGUGCUUGUGAUGAGAAAUUAUUAAUAGAAGUAAAGUUUGUUUGGUAAAGUUCCCCUCUUCUAA